ACAAACAAACAAACAAACAAAACAAGAUCGGCUGUUAGAUUAGCGCCCUAACCUGUCGUUCAUCGAACUGAAUGGGCCAAUAACAGACAUUUGAUGUGAUCGCUUGGUCGAUCAUACGAUACCUGUGUUAAUCUAUGCAAAUCAUCCACGUUUACAUAUUGUGCUAGAACUGUUGUUGUCACGCACAAAAAAAGUGAAGCAAGAUAGCAUAAUGUCGCACGAAAACACAGCGCAUCGGGAGCCAAAAGGACGCAAUUCAAGUUGGAAUCCCCUUAGGUUUAAGAAGAACCAAAAAGAACCUGGGGAAUGCGAGUUACAGGCUUUACGGGUCGAUUUCGAGCCCGAAACAAAACCUCCUCCUACUUUUGUCUAUUCUCAGGAAACGAGCGAAAUAGUAACCCCCGUGUCGACUCAUACUCUGAAGCUACUGGAAGCAAUCCGCGAAGACAAAUUGGAAUUCGUCGAAGAAGAACUCAGCAACAUGAAAAUGCAAGAUGUCAAUAAGACCGACAGACAUGGCUUCGCACUUAUUCAUGUCGCAGCUCGAUACAACUUACACAGAAUCGUGCCCUUGCUGUUGGAACAUGGAGCACACAUUAACAUUGGCACAAGUGAACACCAGUGGACACCCCUUCAUUUAGCUGCCAGGUUCAAUGGCCUCUCCACCGUUAACGCUCUUUUACAAGGGGGUGCAGACCCUUCAAGCAAAGGUAAAAAGAGAAGCACUCCAUUGCACUUUGCAGCGCGCAGAGGAAACGAAGAGAUCGUUAAAGUUCUUUUAGAGCAACCGUUAGUCAAGGUUGAUGCAAAAGAUAGCUAUGGAAAAACUGCCUUGCACAUGGCAUGCAGUGAAGGACAAAGCAGAAUUUGCCAGCUUCUACUGGACAAUGGAGCGGACAUCAAGUCGGUUACGACAGACAACACGACUCCUCUCCACAACGCCAUUCUGAAUGGGCAUUCAGAGGUGGCAGAAAUGAUACUAAACCGAGCCGCUGACAAAGAUAACCAUACGCUUGAAUUAAAGAAACUGCUAGAUAACAAGGACUCGCAGGAUAACACUGUUUUGCAUAUGGCUGCCUUGAAUAACGAUGUCAAGACCGCUAAACUGUGCCUUGACCAUGGCGCAGACGUCAACACUAAGAAAUCCAAGGAAACCACUCCACUACACGUGGCGGCCACUAAAGGGAAUCUUGAGAUGGCAGAGUUGCUAAUAUCACGAGGAGCUGGGGUUAACAUGAAAGACGGAGAUUCCAAAGCACCGCUUCACAGGGCUGCUCAGUUUAACCAAACCAAACUCAUUUCACUUCUCGUUGAAAAGGGAGCCAAAGUGAACAUACAUGAUGGCGAGGGAAGGUCGCCAUUCCUGAAUGCCGUAGCUGCAGGGCACAUUGACUCGGCCAAAGUUCUUGCAGAUGUCAAUGCAACCGAUUUGCUCAUGAAAACAUGUCUGCAUAUCGCAGUGGAAAAUGAGCAGUUCAAGAUGCUUGAAGAGCUUCUAGAGAGUCCCUUGGGAACAAAAAAUUUAUACAAAGCGGAUUUGUGGGACAGGGUUCCAUUGCAUUACGCUGCCAAGUCAAAAGAUAUAAAGAUAUUGGAGCUGGUCUUAUCCAAACAGAAGCGCCUGUCAUAUCGAGAUGAGAAUCAAAAAACACCUCUUCAUCUAGCAGCAGCAUCUUCCUCAUCCAAACACGUGGAAGUAUUGGCAAGGUGGAUGCCUGGUGUUAACGAACGAGACGAACAUGGACGAACACCUUUGCACAGUGCCGCCAGGAAAGGCCAAAGAAAAGCUUGUGAAACACUUCUUAAAUUGGGAGCAGAAGUUGACAGUAAAGAUAAUAACUCCCGAACAGCUUUGAUGUGGUCUGUGAAGAACAACAACCUACAAUGCGCUAAGAUUCUACUCGAUUUCAAAGCUUCUGUCGACCUCCAAGAUACAGACGGUGACUCUGCAUUACAUGUGGCUUGUGGACAGGGCCAUGCAGCUAUUGUGCGUCUACUUUUGGACCGUGGCGCAAGUUUGACACUUUGCAACAAACGAGGAAAUGGUUGUUUGGAAAUAGCAGCGAAGGCGGGAUCAUCUGAUGUUGCCAUGACAAUUGUGACACACAAGAGGUGGGUGGAACUUGAAAACUACCAGACUAAAACUGGGCAGACCUCCAUCUCACUCCUGGUUGAAAAUUUCCCCGAAGCGGCCGAGGUCGCCUUAAAUCUGUGCGUGACUCAUUCUCCACACCUCAGCGCCACCGACCCAAAAUACUCAGUCACGUACGACUUUAAGUAUUUGGAUCCUGGUCCAGAGGUAAAGAAAAGCAGCAAAAGGUUCUCUACAGUUAAAACGAUGAUCAAGAAUGAACGCGAGCGGCUCCUUCUUCAUCCUCUAACUCUGAAAUUCAACGAAAGGAAAUGGAGCACGUUGGGAAAGUUCGGAUUUUUCGGCGAUUUUGUCACAUAUUUCAUUUUGCUGGUACUUCUCAGCAUUUUUGUCGUCGAGCAAAGGGGAGGUGUCAAUUUGAGUCCACGAAAUCCACCUAAUGUGAACACAUCUGGAAAAUCGUACAACCUAAAGCCCUCUGAUGUUUACAAGAAGGAUUCUGCCCUAACGAAAUCAGUACCAUACAUUGUCUUGAUUUUCGCCUUAUUACACAUAUGCAAAGAGUUUUUCCAGAUAUACAUGCAGCGGUGGAAAUAUUUCAAGGACACUUCUAAUUACCUAGACUGGAUCCUAUAUAUCAGUACCACCGCCUUCAUGGCACCCUACGUAACUUCGCUUGAUGUCCUCGAUGAAAGGUUCUCAAGCAUGAGUGAUCCUCCUAAUUUUUGGAUUUUUGGUGUUGUGGCGAUUUUUGUGUGCUAUUCCAACAUGAUGCUGUUCCUUAGAAGAUAUCGACUGUUUGGUACUUAUAUCUCAAUGUAUACUGAGGUGAUUAAGACGAUUGUCCAAGUGAUGGUGGUGUUCGUUUUCCUCGUCCUAGGAUUUGCACUGGUCUUUUACGUCCUCUUUAUGGAGGAGAAUGCAUUCCGCACCGUACCUCUUUCCACUCUUCGUGUGUUGGUUAUGACGGUUGGAGAGCUCGACUUCGCAGACUUUAUUGAGCUGUAUAAAAACCACAAUCCGUAUGAUCCAUUUCCAUCAGUGGCAUACACAUUUCUCUUUUUUUGCUUGGUCUUGCUGAGCGUCGGACUGAUGAAUCUCUUGGUUGGUCUGGCCGUUGGAGAUACCGAGAAAAUGAAAAAGCUAGCUACAAUCAAGAGACUUGCUCUGCAGAUUGAGUAUCAUAUUGAAAUAGAAGAGUUGUUUCCAGAUUUCAUUACACAAGCUGUUUACGAAGAUGUUUAUGACGACAUGCCUAAUAUGCACUCCAUGCUUCACAGAGUAAUCGAAUGGCUACAAGCACGAUAUGCUGAAGCCACUCCAGAGCCAUUGGCUGAGGACAACAAACCAUCUGAACUCACUGAGCUACGAGAGGGGAUGAUGAAGAACAAAAAGAGGAUCAAGUCAGUUGUGAUUAUGCUGGAGGCGCAGAACAAGUUACUCAGAAGCCUGGCGCUAUCGAUUAACCCUAAUUUUCAGCUGCCAGAAGGUAUCGAGAGAGCCAGCUGGUCUGCAGAUGAAACAGAUGAUAUGGAUGGAAGAAAUAAAUCGUCCCUUGCAACAAUAGAGGAGCAGAGCGAAGUGCCAUCAGAUAGCACGAAAGUGACUUUGGCUAAAGAAGAGAAUGUCUCUCUUUGAAGAUGGCUUGUAGGGAUCAGCUGUUACGUAGCAACAGUCACGCGGAAGACGGAGUGUAUCGCUGCAGUUUAUGCCAUUGUUUAAUCACAGUAAUCUAUAACACGAUCUUUUGUUUUCGUUGUGACAUAACUUAAAUACAGUUGAAUCUCUCGUCAGGCGACAACCUUGGGGCUAGAAAUAGUGUUCAUGGAAUGUUAAAAGUAAAUUAGUGUUGGUAUGUAAUGUUAGUAUGUGUGGGGAGAAAAAAAAACUUGAUACAUCAAAAUUUUUGCGAGGUAUCAAUUAACAGCUACUUAAAGUUUCAUUAUCGCGGAGUCAAUCUCCUUUUCAAAUUUGCAAAACAAACAUCACGAUUAUGGCUAUACCUUGACGGGUGUUACGGUUUAUCAGUAUACUGUUAGAGAAUAAAAAUGCAAGUCAGAAUGUAUUCUAUAUAUUUAUCUAUUUGUUAUUAAAUUGUUAAGAGAAAAUUUGUUUUUGGUGCAGGAUAACAUAAUCGUGAGAUAUUUCAGGUAUUAAACAAAAGGUUACUUGAUUUUCUAUUUCGGUACUGAUCAAAUUACAUCUUUUCCUUAUACUAUGUUAUUAUGUAGUUUUUGACUUACAAGGAAAACUUGAGUUUAUUCAUAUUCCAUCGAACACCAUCAUUUAGGGAUUUUCCAGCUGUGUUUACGGUUGCUAUGGUUAGUUUCUUUUUGGCGUCAAUCGAGAUAAUGAAAUAAAACUGAUGUCUAGUUUUUGAAAGCGCUCUCAUCAGGAUUUUGUUGUCUAAUUUUUCAACCAAAUUUUGUUCGUUUUGUAGUCGUUUUUGGACAUCAAACUACGGUCGUUUAAUUAAAAUUCAUACCUCGUUCACAAUUCCCACAAAAGUAGAAAGACAUGGUAGAUACCACAAGUAGCACUAUGGUGUCUCUUUGAAUAUGUUUAAACUCGAGAUCACGUACAGAUAUUGAUAUGAACUAGGCGGGUUCAGAAUUUGAGAAAGGCCAACCCCCGAACUUGGAUUGUGCAAUCAUUUUGUUAGUAACACUUAUAUCACAAGAAAUUUGUGACAACAACCUUUACUUUUAAACUUAGUAUAUUAUCCUCAAGUUUUGGUCAAUAAAAACCAAGAUUGUAACUUUUAUAUUACUCACGUUACCUUAUUUUGGUCAACCACUUAGGAAUAGUCGGUUAAAAUUAAGGUAGAAAAUGUUGUAGUCAACCUCGAUAACGUCGAACGAAAAUGUGCUAAGUAGCUUUGUGCAGUCUCAAUAGGGCCUUAUGCGAACUGCGCAUGACAUUACGUUAGCCUAAUUGACAGUUUGACAGUGAUUUGAUGGAUCAUGUGGUUGUCCCCUUAAAAGGAACGUGACGAGUAAACUCCUAGUUGUUGUAUUUGUUGCUGAAGUAGUAAUUAUAGCAAUCAAGGAAGAUUGUAGAAGAACGUUGUGACAACUGUACUAAAGAAAUCAUUGGAAAUUAAAAGUGAAGUAACCAAACAAGAGAGUGUUAGAGUGAUCUGCUAGUUUCCCUAAAGGUCGCUUUAACACCACACUUUUUUGUCAAUACGGCAGCCAUUUUGAAUUUGAUUCAAAUAACUAUUAUCAGAUACUUAGGAGGCAAAUACCUACUUAUUAGCCCCCUGAGAAUCCCAUAAUAGCUAUUUUUAACAACUGAAUUCACAAUGGCACUGUAUUGGCAAUAAGCUCCAAUGAGCACGUUGACCCUAGAGUCAAUUUGUAAUGAGUAUAUGGUGUGAUUUCUUAUGUCUGCCACAGUGUGCCUUUUACUUGUCUUCAACUGAUUUUUUGGAAAGCUUGCUGUACAACUAAAUUAAGCCGGAUUAUGUUUGGGUCUACAUAUAUUCUCAUGCAGGCUUUUCACAGCUUCCCCUUACCCUUUUUAAAUUAUCACUUUCCUUGUGCCACCCCCUAUCACUUUACUUUUGCCACUCCGAUAGUGUUUCCAUUAACUGCCUCUGUGCUCCCUUCCACUAAAAACAUGACCAACAUGAACAUUCCUCGUCAGGUCAGACUUUAUUGUCUUUGAAUGUCUACUCACUGUUAAAAAAUAUACUUUCUUGCUAUAGGUGAUCUGAGUGAUACUGAAUGUUACUUCAGUGGGAGUGUAGCUGAAGAAGAGGAAAUCCGACUGUUCAACACUAAAAGAUAUUAAAAUGGACAGGAUGGGUCUUAGAAUAGCGAGUUUUGCUUGAUUUCAUUCUUUUUGCAACUGACAUGUACAAACAUCUUGUUAUCCGAACCUUAUUUUGACAACCAGACGC